GCCUCAAACAGCAUCUUAGAAGGCAAGACAUUGCUGGCCACCCUCGCACCUUUCCAGUGGAUCGAGAGAAUUUACCAGCUGACGGGAUGCCCUUUUACAAAGGAUGGGUGCCAAUGGCGUGGAGAAUUAAGGAGCAAAAAGACUCACUUAAUAUCCUGUCCCUUCGAAGACAUUCAAUGCACCAAUAAAAAUUGCCCUAUAUCUGUAAAAAGGAAAGAUUUUGAUGAACACUUAAUGGUUACUUGUUUAUGGAGAGUCGUACAAUGCGUGCACUGCCAAGAGCCACACCCAAAGGGUCAACUAAAGAAGCAUGUUGAUGAAAUAUGCAAAAAGGUUCAAUUGCCCUGUCCCUUAAAGUGUGGCACUCUGGUCCCCAGAGAAAAGAUUUCAAACCAUUCAAUUAUUGAUUGUCCACAAACGAUAAUCGACUGUCCCUUUGCUGAAAUGGGCUGCAAUACCAAGGUAAUUAUUUCAAGUGAUUAUCUUAGUAUACAUACACCAGAUGCAAGUUUCUAAUAGGUCUUUAUCAAGAUCUCAUGCUUUCCUUCUGACUGAUGAGCAAGUUAUUUUGGGGAAGAAUAUAACCAAGA